GUCGGACGCAAAAAUUCGAUAACCGCGAACAAAACACAUGUUCAAGUUCGAAGUGGUUCGAAGUAAAUGCGUUUUAAAAAUUUUCUUGUUGUGAAUUUUUUUAAUAAUUUAGUGAAAUGAACGAGCUAGUGGUUCCUCCUGCACCACUUUGGUACAGGAAUUCGGUGGUAGCAUGUGCCCCUGACAAUACUUUGGUUUAUGGUUCAAAAAGUGAUAUCGUUAUCAUUAGAGAAAAAAACCCUGAAGAAGCGGCUGAAGUUAAAUUGAUUCAUUUAGCUCAUUCAAAAUUUAUCACGUCAGUUAGUUUGAACAGGAAAUGGAAGGAGCCCCAUUCGUACGUGGUAUCUCUGGGGGAAGAGAACGUGAUUAAGGUGUGGGAUUUGGACACUUUCGAGAAAAAAACCUCAAAUAAGGAUCAUUUGGAACACAAAAACCCAGUAAUUGGGGCUGUUUUCGCGGGUGAUGAUCGCGUCGUUAGUGCAUCAUCAACCGGUUUUAUACACCUCUGGAAUAUCAAUACAAAUGAAUCCAAACCUUUAAAAGAUUUAUUUAAAAGCAAGGUCACUCUAACUUGUCUUUCGUCUUGCCCUCAUGCUGGUUGGCUAGUAGCUUUUGGUUUAAUCAAUGGCGUGGUGAUUGUAGCCGAUUUACGUCGAAAUGGUCAAGUUUUGUAUAGUUUGAGAGGCCACUACCAAGCGGUUGUUUCUCUUUCUUGGUGUCCAGCACCAAUUAAUGUUUUUCCCAGACAUGGUCAGAAUACAGUUAAAAAUAAAUCACCAAUAAGUGAGAGUGAACAAAAUGAAAGCUCUGGUGCAGAAUCAGUUGAUAAGACUGUUAUAACCAAAGAAAAAAAUAAUCCUUGGGUGAAUUUAGUACAUGCAGAUGAUGGUGAAACUUCAAUUGAGAAAGAAAUUCACUUGGAAACAAACUCAGAUUUUUUAAAAGAUUGUGAUAAUCUUAAAAGUAAAAUAUUGGGCCUUGAAUCAGAGCCUAAUAAUGAAAAAUUUGAGCAUGUAAAUAACUCAGCCGUUGAUAAAAAUGAAAAAAACGAAAUUGAACGUGAAGAUAGACGUGAAUUUCUGCACGAAUUGGACAGUGGUAGACCUCUUCCAAAAUUGUACGACCCAAGUGGUGAUUUUCUGGACGAUUCUGUUCUGGAUUACGAAGUUGUUGAAGAUAAAGAUGAAGGAAAUGAAAAAAAUAUUGAUAAACGUGAGGAAAAAAGUUAUCAAACAGAAGAAACUCAGGAGAAGUUUGAUUCGCCGGAGAAAUCGGAAUGCGAUAGCGUUCUAGAAUCCGAAACUGAAAAACCUGAUAACAUUUCAGAAUGUACAAAAAAUAAAGAAGACGGUGACAAAGUAGAGGAAUCUCCAAAAGCUGAAGAAUCGAUUGAGGAAGAACCAAGACCUGAGUAUUUGCUCGCUUCGUGUGGAAAAGACAAAAGUGUUUACAUCUGGAGAGCAGGGACUGAUGGUAGAAUGCAGACAUUUUUCCAAACCAAUAAAAAAACAAAUAUUCGAAGGAAGAAUGAAAACACUUGGAUUUCUCUCUGUUGGAUUGCUCCAGAUUUACUGUUGACUUCCUCAUCGAAGGGCGAACUUCUAGCCUGGUCUUUGCCCAAACCAAAAACAUCCAAACAAUCCAAACUUGUUCACGUUGAACAUUCAUCCCUCAUUUUUAACAUUGUAACACCUCCCAAAUACUCGACUGCUUUUAACUGGCAUGAAAAACACGAACUCACUGCGUGGACGUGGAGCCAAGACGGACGUUUAGUUUAUUUUGAUUUGGAUGCAGAAAAAAUACGGAUGUGUUUUUCGUGUGUAACUGCGUUUAUUACUUGUUGUGAUACUUCAUCUUUAGAUCCAAAUCGACUGGCAAUCGGUUUGAAAGAUGGUGGUAUCAAAGUGUGGGAUUUGAGUCUUCCACAUACGAAAAUUAUCACAAUGCAGAAAUAUCAACCAAAAUAUACACAUAAAGUAAAUACCAUUGCCUGGCAUCCCACUAAAGAAAUGGUUCUUGGAUUCGGGACUGAAGAAGGACGAGUCGGAUUUAUCGAUCUUGUUUCGAAGAAAACCACUCUAUUUCCUCAUUAUUUCUGCAACCAAGUUUACAAAGUCGAAUGGGGUCCUGUUAACGGAGACACAAAUAAUUUAGGGCUUUAUGUAGUUGCUGAGGGCAAGAUGGUCAUUUACGAUAUGCAAAAGGUCGACCAAGGACCCGUUUGUUUGGACAUUUCCGACAAAUUAUACGUCUAUAAAUUCGCUUGGAAGCCGGAUUUUAGUUUGCUUCUAUUAAAUGGAAAGGACGGUUCUUUGGUGGUCCUUACAACCGAUUUAGUGGCUAUUACUACCCUUUAUCCGAACGAAAAAGGCCUAAACGGCAUCGUGUGGCACCCUGAUUCUUUUAUGGAUAAAAUCGACGUUUCCCCUCGAUGUAACUGGUUUGCAGCGACGACAACUAAAGGAAUUUUAGUGUACGAUUGCGGGUCAAUCCGAGAAAAUGAUAAUUUUGCUGAAAAAAUUGUUGCAACGUUUGAGGGUCAUGUCAAACCCCCCUUGGCCUUGGCUUGGUGUCCUUUUGACGGUAAUAGAAUCGCAUCGACGGCUUCUGAUGGACUUGUCCAUGUGUGGGAUGUGUCGACGAAAACUGCAAUUGCGACCUUUGUUGACUAUUAUUUAAGUCAUAAUCCGGCAGUUGUUUGGAGUCCUAUCGACCCCGAUUUAAUUAUUACAGGCGAUAGGGUAAUACAGGUUUGGAGUGUUUCCAAAAAUCCGCCAAAAUUGGAUGAAGAGUUUCUAGCUGAGAGAAAACGUAUUGUGACUAAAAUAAGUAAAAGCGAUGAAAAAAUUGAUAAAAAUAGAAUUAUUGUUGAGGUUCCGAAACCUAAAACUCCAUCUAAAAACCACAUAGUACCUACUUUCUAUGUAUCAAAUGAUGAGAAUAUAGAAAUGCAAGUGGACAAUAUGAGAAAAUUGAUAGACCAAAUUGAAAAUAAAAUUACAGACGAUGUCAAGUUAGGUUCACUUGAAUUAUUUGGGACUAAAGAACAAGUGUCACAGCUUUUAGAUACAAAUUAUGUUCAACAGAAAAAAGAUGGUAAAUUUAAAUCUUGUGAAUUGAUUUCGCUAUGGAAAGGUAAUGUGGGUGAUUAUAUUCAAACGGCCAUUAACGAGAAUCGAGUAAACCCAACAGUUAUUAAUCUAGCUCCAAUGGUUUCAUCAAAAUUAUGGCAAGAUGCGUGUCUGUCAUAUGCAAAGAAAUUGUCAGAGGACGCCGCAUCUGAUCCUCUCGAAACAGCGAUGUACUUUUUAACAUGUCAUAAAAUCGAAGAAGCAAUAAAUUCCCUAUGUGCAAGCCUAAUGUUUAAAGAAGCUUUAGUUUUGGUCAAACAGAGGCUUCCGGAAAAUAGCUUAUUUAUCACAGAGGUUACACAAAAAUGGGCCGAACAUUGUGUUACCACUGGAAAUUUCGAAAAUGCGGCUUUUUGUUACAUUUCCAUUAAGCAGUAUGAAAAUGCUGCGAAAGUUUUGGCGCGAAGGAACCACAAAGAAUUUCUAGAUUUUGCAGCCGAAUUGGCUGAGAAAGCGGGAAAUAAGCAACUGUAUGACUCGAUUAAAUAUAAAUGUAGUGAGCUUGAAAAUGUUCCACAAAAUGGUGCAGGUGAUGAGGUUCCAUCUCGAAUUGAUGCAGUUUUGGAGAAAAUGACUGACAAUCAGGAUACAGUUUCGGAGAGUAGCUCUGAAGUUGGCAAUGAAUCUCAUACGGAAUCAGCGAAUGGUGAAAAUUAGUCCUCAGAUAUUGGUGGUAUAUAGAAUAUUGUUUAAGUUUUAAAGACUGACUCAAAACCGAAUAGUAUUUUCAUUUUUAUCGUUUUUGCUUUAUUAUUUUUAAUUUUUCCUUUCUUUUGUUUAUUAGUAAAAAAUCUUUUUUAAGAAA